CAUCAUAACUAGGUACAUUACAUACCUACGAAGCAUUCCACGAUACAAUACAAUACAUCUCUGUAAGCCAUACAUCGAUAUAACAAGCAUAUCAUCAACUUACUAGCCUACCCGCCUACCUACCUAACGAUUCUCAUAUGCUCAAGAUAACCAGAGCACUAUCCACCUCAUCCCUCACGCAUCUCCUCAGAAACCACUCUCUUAUCCACACCCACCCACCCCCCUACCAACCAUGAGCUGGAUGGACUUCUGGUCGCGCCCCGGCAAGUCGCAAGCGAUACCAGCGCCAUUCUACCUACUUCCCGGAGGCGACGCAACGCCGUACUGCCGGUCCUGCGGACGGGCGAUAAGUCCGCGCCGGACGACUGCUGCUACCCUUACCACCACCACCACCACCACCACCACCACCGCCACUGCGGCGACUGGCAAUGGACAUGCCCCAAAGUACUGCUCCGCACGCUGUCGCAGCCGCAAACCGGGACCGCUGGAUCGGGAGAUCGAGGGGGUGUUUGUGCGCUUGUUGUCUGGUAGUAGUAGCGGUAGCGGUAGCGGGGGUGGUGGUGGUGGGAGUAAUGGCGGUGGCAAUGAACAAGGCGGUAGCAAACCGUGUAGGAAGAAGGGGAAAGGGAAAGGGGCGGCGGCUAAGAAGGGAGACCCGCGGAUCGUGGUCUCCUGUGCCGAGACAGAGAGGGUGGUGUUUGGUGGGCUUGCUGGUGUGGGGGAGACUGACGGGCUGAAUGAGAGGGAGAGUGGGAAUGAGAAGGAGGAGGAGGAGGAGGAGGAGGAGGAGGAGGAGGAGGAGGAAGGGGAGGAGGAAGGGGAGAAUAGUACCCUAAAGACCUAUCAUCACGGAAGCCCCCAAAACAGCGAAACACCCGGCGACUCAGACACCGCUGUAGUAAUUGCUGACUACAACUCCAUCGACAGCGACAGCGACGCAGACCCCAUCGACCCCGACAUACAAGCGCGCAUGGCGGUCCGCAGCGGAACGCGCGUGCGCCUGCCACAGACGGUGUCGCUGGUGAACGGCAGCGUGGGCGGGGAAAAGGGGCGGGCGGAGCGGGGCGAGGAGACGGAGGAGAAUGCGCGGCGCAGGCUCGAGGGCCAUCGUAAGGCGCUGCGCCGCGAGAUGGUGAGGAGGGCUGCGAGGAGGGGGGUGGUUUUUGGGUUUGUUGUGGAUGAUGGUGGUGGUGGUGGUGGUGGUGGUACGCGGAAAUGCGAAGCGGUCAUGCAGGGUAACAAGGUCGUGGAGCCUAGCUUUGCGAAAGGGGAGUGGGGGAUCCGGUGGCGUGAGUGAUAAGGAGACGGAGAUUCCGUGUUUCUUAAAGAGAAGAGAGGUAUCAUUCAUCUUCGCUCAACCAACAUCUAUUUUCAUCACGGUCUUCAUGUUACAGUGCCUCCCUACCUACCAAGUAAGGCCUCAUCUCU